GUGAAUGAAGCUUCGAGCACUGGAGAACAAAAACCCUAGCCAUCAUCUAUCCAAGAAUGACGAACUUUGUUUCCAGAAAUUCCCAGCGUGAAUAUUACAGUUAUGGUGAGUGGAUUCCAAUUACUUGUUUUCACUGUGGCCACGAGUUGAAGCUGCUUACCACAUGGAGUAGUGAAAAUCCAGGUCGGAGGUUUUUCCAAUGUCCUAACUAUGAAAGACAUGGAGGAUGCAAUUUUAUGGAGUGGUUUGACCCUCCUAUGUGUCAACGAGCCAAAAGGAUAAUUCCCGGGUUGUUGAAAAGGAUUAAUUGCCAAGAUGAAGAAAUAAGAAGUCUUGAAAUGAAACUGAAGACCAUUAAUAAGGCAGAUGUGAGUACUGAAGUGAAGUCUUCUGUGAAGUGCAUUCAAGUCCCAUGUGUCCUGGUGUUAGCAGUGGUGGUCAUUGUUAGCUUUGUACUUUGUUUCAUUGUAACACUGGAAAUGGAAACUAAAUUCAGGAGUUUGGGUGGGAAACAUCUUAUGUAAUAUGGAGGUGUAACUAGUUUAAUUUGCUGCAAUUUAGAUUCAUGUAUUUGGUGAGCUAUUUGUAAUGGUUUGUGUAUUUGCUGCAGUAUCAUGUAACCCUCUUAAUAUCUUUAAUGAGUAGUUACUUUUUAUGAUUUAAUAUAUUUUAAUGA